UCAUUUUUACUCUCAAGUGACGUCUAGUUCACGUGUUCAGCAGUUUAUAUAUUUUGAAAUGUUUCAAGAUACAAUUAAUCAGAUGUUAUUUUCUGAGGGAUAGUCGUUGCUAUGGAGUUUUACGAAGAGAAUACAAAAGAAACAUCUGCGCGUGAACGACGGUUUAAAACUGCGCGAGGAAGAUUUUUCCAACCGACUUCUCAGUUUGCCGCAAAAAAACGGCAAUAUUUUAACGAUAUAUUUAUUUAAUACAGUACUGACGUCGCAAUGAGUAUGAUACAUGAGUCAUCUUUUAACAUGGAGGACAUUUUAAAGAUACCUAAAAGUCAAGUUAGGCGAACAGAACCAAAACCAGACGAGCUGUUCAUCGAACUCAGGAAGUUGCAACAAGCCAAGAAAGACCUUGAAGAUGAGCUGAUGGAAACCAUGCUCCUCCGAAGUACCAGGAUGGAGGAGGAGGAUGCCUUAAAUGCUGAAGCCUUACAUUUGGAAGGACUACUGAAUGAAAAGGAAGAGAUAAAUAGAUCUCUGCAGCUCACAUGCGAGGACUUUAAGCAAAAGGCACAAAGGCAGCUUGAGCAGAACCAUCAGAAAGAGGAACUGAUGAAUCAGUACUGCUGUCAGAUCGAAGAAACCAAACUAAAACACAGAAAGAUUCGGAUGAAAUUUCAGAAUCAGCUUCUGCAGUUGAUGGAGCAGCACAAAAGCCUGUCCACUGUCUUUACUCCACAGAGACUACCAGCAGAGAUAGAGUCUGCAGUGUAUACCACUGAGCAGUUGCUAAAAGCUGAGCAACAGAAGCUGGAGCAGUUGACCAAGCUGCUGGGCAGGUUAAGCCACACCCAAACUGGAGAGAUGCAAAUGGAUACCAGUGAUAAAGCAUCAUGAAUAUCUCAAACACGUUUUGCAUACCUGAAUUGUGUGAUGAUCAGUUCUUAC